CCCCUAGGGGCCCCUGCGGACCAGGAGGAAGCGCCAGGUCCUUCCCGCCGCCGCCGGCUCCCCCGGCACGCGCCCCGCCGCCCUCGGCAGCCGCAGCUCCGUGUCCCCUGAGAACCAGCCGUCCCGCGCCAUGGGCACGCGUCUGCCGCUCGUCCUGCGCCAGCUCCGCCGCCCGCCCCAGCCCCCGGGCCCGCCGCGCCGCCUCCGUGUGCCCUGUCGCGCUAGCGGCGGCGGCGGCGGCGGAGGCGGCGGCGGCGGCCGGGAGGGCCUGCUUGGACAGCGGCGGCCGCAGGAUGGCCAGGCCCGGAGCAGCCGCAGCCCCGGCGGCCGAACGCCCGCGGCGCGGGACUCCAUCGUCAGAGAAGUCAUUCAGAAUUCAAAAGAAGUUCUAAGUUUAUUGCAAGAAAAAAACCCUGCCUUCAAGCCGGUUCUUGCAAUUAUCCAGGCAGGUGACGACAACUUGAUGCAGGAAAUCAACCAGAAUUUGGCUGAGGAGGCUGGUCUGAACAUCACUCACAUUUGCCUCCCUCCAGAUAGCAAUGAAGCCGAGAUUAUAGAUGAAAUCUUAAAGAUUAAUGAAGAUACCAGAGUACAUGGCCUUGCGCUUCAGAUCUCUGAGAACUUGUUUAGCAACAAAGUCCUCAAUGCCUUGAAACCAGAAAAAGAUGUGGAUGGAGUAACAGACAUAAACCUGGGGAAGUUGGUGCGAGGGGAUGCCCAUGAAUGUUUUGUUUCACCUGUUGCCAAAGCUGUAAUUGAACUUCUUGAAAAAUCAGUAGGUGUCAACCUAGAUGGAAAGAAGAUUUUGGUAGUGGAGGCCCAUGGGUCUUUGGAAGCUGCUCUACAAUGCCUGUUCCAGAGAAAAGGGUCCAUGACAAUGAGCAUCCAGUGGAAAACACAUCAGCUUCAAAGCAAGACAGAGGCUCACUCUGUUACCCAGGCUGGAGUGCAGUGGCACCAUCUUGGCUCACUACAACCUCUGCCUCACGGGUUCAAGAGAUUCUCAUGCCUCAGCCACCUGAAUAGCUGGGAUUACAGGCGAGCACCACCGUGCCUGGCUAAUUUUUAUAUUUUUAGUAGAGAUGGAGUUUCGCCGUGUUGGCCAGGCUGGUCUCGAACUCCUGGCCUCAAGUGAUCCACCCACAUGGCCCUCUCAAAGUGCUGGAAUUAUAGGCCUGAGUCACUGUGCCUGGCCCAGAUGGGAUUUUUGUUGUCCAGUUUAAUCAACCAAGAAUAAAAGUGCAUUUUAAGAUUAUAGUCUAUUUAACUUCUCCUUAUUGGCAAUGGUAAAAGAGUUAAGGAAAAAAGACAAUAAGCUUAGGAUUAUGGCUACUAAGUAGAAGGACGUUAUCUUUGACGGGCAUUCCUGUUGUGCUUAUUUGUACCUGACAUGGAACAAGACCACCCCAUCCCCCUCAGCACAUACCUGCUGUGGGACAUCUGGCUGGAGAUUUCCAAAGCUGAGGGUGAAAGGUUUGGGCAUCGGGUGUGACUGUGUAACACUAGAGUUCUAUCUACCAUCUCUUAAACUACAGGUAGUCUUACCAGUGUGGGCUGACCUUCCGGUUAUCAGGCAGCCUGCUGCAACCACUAGAAACUGCCUUUGAAGGUUUCCAGUCCGGCACAACAUUUGUGUUCUCAUUAAGCAGUAGAGCAUAGGCUUUGGGGACACACAGCUCUGGGCUCAAGCCUUAGCUGUUGCUGCUCUGAGCCUGUUUCCUCGCGUAGAAAGGCAAUCAUAAUAUUCCCUACUUGAUGGGGCAGUUGUGGGAAUGGAAUUAAAUACUAAUGUGGGCCGGGUGCAGGGGUUCAUGCCUGUAAUCCCAGCACUUUGGGAGGCUGAGGAGGGCAGAUUGCUUGAGCCCAGGAGUUUGAGACCAGCCUGGCAACAUGGCGAAACCCCAUCUCUAAAACAGUAUAAAAAUUAGCCAGGCGUGGUGGCUGUAGUCCAGGUGCUUUGGAGGCUGAGGUGGGAUGAUCACCUGAACCUGGGGAGGUCGAGGUUGCAGUGAGCUGAGAUUGCACCACUGUGCUCCAACCCGGAGUGCAGGCUGGAGGAAAAGAAAUACAUGGGUCAAUUAGGCAAAUCACUCAAAUCGUAAGUAGAUAAACUAGUAAAAUAGUGUGAGUUAGGUCCCUCACUGGAAGCCUGGUAUUACAUGCUUCCAUUGUGUGGGUGGGGGAAGGAGAGAGUGUCUCCAGCUCUCUGUGAGGUCUCCCAGGAGCAUAUUGGCCAAGGGAGUGAAACCAAAAGCAAGACUACCAUGAGCCAACGUCCCAGAGAGAGGAGGGACUGACCAGAGCAGGUGCCCAGCUUUGGCCAGUCAGGCUCAUCUUGUAGUCCUCAGUAGAUCACUUAAAUGAUCAACUUUAAGUGAUGUCACAGAGUGCCUUCCUCCAAAGCUGUGGACCUCUUCCUUCCCAUGCCUCUUGUUACUCGGAAGUCGCUCUACUUCCAAACAUGUGGGCUGGAGAUCCCUAAUGGGCUAGUUACUACUUUCAGGCUCUGUAGGUUUAAAGAAAGUUAUAUCCAGUUAGUUACAAAUAGAAAUCGAUCCUUUCUCUGUCCAUCUGUCUAAAUGGAAGGAUAUUCUAUGGACACUGAUUAGGUAUAAAAUCUCCAUGGAGCCUGAGCAUGAAGGAUUGAACUUCUUAGGGUUCCACAGAUACCACAAUAGACUUCUGUGUUUGAUAGCUUUGUAACUUAUACCCGUUGAGGUGUAUGGUUGAAAAUUGAGAAUAAAUUUCCUGUUCUGUUUCUGAGCAUCUUUUCCAGGCUUGGAGAUGCGUUGAGCAUUUCCACGGAGACCCUAGAGGUGGGGAGGGGAAGAACGCCUGGGCGUUUGUCCAAAUUAGCCAUAUGCUAUGGAGUGUCACAUGUCAGGAAGCCAAGGCACUGGAGCUAGUGUUUUUGGGCAGGGCUAGGGAACCCCCCGCCUUUCCUCCACCCAAACGCAGGCCCCCACACCCAGCGUCCUGGGCCUGCAGGGGAAUGACACUGUUGGUUUCACUCUCAAGAAUGACCCUAGAUUUGGAGGUAACCUCUUCCUGACCCCGAUGAUUUGCCUCUGAUGCCAAAACCAGUCUGAAGUGGGUGUGGUUUUGCAUUUGGUGUUUACGAGGUGGAGUGGUGCCCUCUGCAUGGAAGGGAGAGGUGGGCAGGUACAGCAGGGCCCUCCUCCCUCGGGAGUCUCCUCUGAACCUGUGGUUAGGGCACAGCUGGACAAUGCUGAAAUGGUCUCCAGCUGGGAGAUGAGGUAAACCUCAGCUGCAUGCCGAAGAAAUAACCUAGAAAUCAGAGAACCGUUUUAUUUUGUUUUUCUCAGAGGAUCUCAUUUCUCCCUCUCCUCCUGAGCACAGAGACCCUCAAAACUGGUAUUCACAGAAGGAAAAAAUAUAGGUCUUUCACCUUUGAAGGAUCAAAGUGUCUAGGGUUUUUUGUUUUGUUUUUUUUUUUUUUUUGAACAAAGCUGAACUAUUACAAAGUCCUUUUCAGUUUAAAUUUAGUGCAUGGCAUGGCUCAUGAAAGACUUUUAAAAGUGAAUUGGAAAAUUCUAUAUGUACUUGUAUUAUACAUGUGAAAGGAUGACUUCUUGAAAAAAGAAUAAUGUCUGUUCCAAACGGGAGAAUGGAGGAACUCUAGCUUUUAAACUGCACUACAUUAGUGAGUUACAUGACAAUUCUCCUUUUAACAGGAUGGAAUGCACUUAAAGCAGUAAUGUGCUGUAGUGACAGUAAUGACAGCCAAUGUUAAUUGACAGAAUGGCUGCUCUGAACCAGGCACUGUCUUGUACUCCUGUUAUCUCAGUGGUCUUCACACUUAUUCUAUUAGGCAGGACUGCCAUCCUCCCCACAUUACAGAUGAGGAAACUGAGGCUCAGAGAGGAGACUUUGCAAAGAUCAUGUGAUUAAAAAAUGGUAGAGGUGGCAAAACAGCCUGUGUUUUUAACACUGUCCCAUGUCAGCUCUUAUUCCAGAUCAUCACAUAAAGUCUAAUCUCCAAUCUUGAAAACCAAAAAGCACCUGCCACCUCAGAUAAAGGAGACCAAGACCCUAGACAUUUGACUCGUGUUGAAUUCACUCUUAUUUUAUUUUGAUGUUUGUAAUCCCAGAGCCAUACUUGUUAAGAGAGUUGAGCUGAAGUAGACUGACUGCUGUCCCCUCCCUGAGGCCUGGGGCUCAUCACCAGCUAUCCAGGCUCCCCUUUCAGAGGGGAUGGUGAGCACCUUCGGAGAGGGCAGGGAUGGACACACAAGACAGCCUCAGUUAUAUGAGUUCAUCCCCUCCCCUGCCUGCUGUGGGUGAGAUGGAGAAAAAAGCGCUGGACCCUCCUGGGCAUCACAGCCUCGUACUUAGCGAGUGGCUGAGGUCAUCAGUAGCCCAGGUCAUCAGUAGUGUGGAAUUAAGUGCACUGAAUGGUGUUGGCCCCUGAGCUUUGUUUGACAGAUUUUAGGGGGUCAGCUCACCACUUUCCCCUCUUGCUUCUGUCUGAUCAUUGCUCUGUUUGUUAAUACCAAGGAAGAAGGUGAAUAGAACUUUUUAGAAAGCCAAAAAAAUCUCUAUUAGACUUUAUGCCAUUAUACUUAGCAGUGUUGAGGGAAGGAUUUGUGAGACGAUAUAUUCAAACUAAUGGGCAUGAGACCAAGAAGGGGCUGUGUGGCGGGCGCAGUGGGUCACACCUGUAACCCCAGCACUUUGGGAGGCCGAGGCAGGUGGAUCACGAGGUCAGGAGAUCGAGACCAUCCUGGCUAACACGGUGAAACCCUGUCUCUACUAAAAAAAAAAAAUACAAAAAAUUAGCAGGGUGUGGUGGCGGGCUCCCCAAGUCUCUGCUACUCGUGAGGCUGAGGCAGAAGAAUGGCGUGAACCCGGGAGGCGGAGCUUGCAGUGAGCCGAGACUGCGCCACUGCACUCCAGCCUGGGCGAUAGAGUGAGACUCCAUCUAAAAAAAAAAAAGCCAGUGGCGGGGGGAGGGGGGCAUAUAAUUAACAGACUGAUUGGUCUUAGGUGGUUCAGAAUUUAAGCUGAGAAACUAAGAUUGAGAAGAAAUGAUGUAUUGUCAUUAUAUCAAAUAUGUGAGUAAAAACAUAAUUAAAACACCAUCUACCUCCAGUUUUCCUGACAUUACCUCCCUUUUAUGAUGCCCUUCCUCUACCUUAUUAGGCAAAAUAUUCUAAUUUCAGUCUCAUUGGAUUAUGUUCUAAAUGUUUGAAGGUUAGUCUGAACAUGGAAUGUAUUUUCUCAUAGAUAUAAUAGUAUAAAUGGUGUUAGGGUCAUGGGAUUGCGAAGCCAGUUCCACUGCAGUGGAAUCAUACUGACUUCCUUUCCGAUUUUUCUGUGGGAAACUUCAUCUGGAGCUUUAAUGCACUUCUUAGCUAUGGGGUAAGUUUCAGCCUCCUUGAUGCUUGUGUUACUUUGUAGUCACCUGUGGCCAACCACAAAUAAAUCUUUGUGGUCAUCAGGGGCCAGUGAAGUGUAUACUGCACAAAAGAGAGCCUACCCCAAUUCUGGAAGAAGGGCUGCAGGCCUGUGUCCCACAAAGAACAGGCAGGAAGCAUCACCUUCAGCCCACUGGCAGCAGGUCAUCUCCCAUUUGCUUUUCUGCACUAUCAGCAGAGUCUGGCUUCCUUUUCCACCCCUUCUCCAAUGUGAAUGCUUUUUAAGGACAUGGAAUUAGAAUUUAAAAAAAAAUUUUUUUUGAGACAGAGUUUUGCUCUUCUCGCCCAGGCUGGAGUGCAAUGGUGCAAUCUCAGCUCACCGCAAUCUCCGCCUCCCAGGUUCAAAUGAUUCUCCUGCCUCAGCCUCCUGAGUAGCUGGGAUUACAGGCAUGCGCCACCACGCCCAGCUAAUUUUGUAUUUUUAGUAGGGACAGAGUUUCUCCAUGUUGGUCAGGCUGGUCUCAAACUCCUGACCUCAGGUGAUCCGCCCACCUCAGCCUCCCAAAGUGCGGAGAUUACAGGCAUGAGCCACCACGCCUGGCCAGUAUUAGAAUCUUUUAAUGGGAACAUCUUAAACAUAACCUGUAACAAUGAAGCACCUUAUAAUUGUGUGGAGAUUUCCUUUUCAUGGCUUUUCAUAUAUGCCUCACAUUCACCCAGCAACCCUGCAAACUGGACGUUAUACUCACCAGAGAGCCCUGACCCUGAUUGUCGCUGGCAAGGAGCAGUGUCUGGACUUGAACGCAGGUCGCAGGACUCCACUCAUGGUGCUCUCCCCACUGCGCCUCAGUUCCUCACUUUUCAAAGGAGGCAGCGGAAGCCCGGAGAGUUUCUCAAAGGAAACGGAAUGCAGAAAUCUGUCGAUAUGCAAUGUGAGGCUCAGAACUGAAAAGCAUAAAUGUCAGGAAAUGCAAAGCAGAAUUUUCCCCUGCAACGGCAGUUUGCAUGAAUGUGAAGAUGCUGUAUGGAUGAAAGUUUGUGGCUGGCAGCAUGAGCAUAAAUCCUCGGGGCUGCUGUUCCUCUAGGAGCCUGACUUGCCUGGUGUUGCCCUGAGAACUGCAGCUUGAGCACUUCCUUAGUUUUGUACUAAAGGAACCAAAAUAAGGUAUUUUGGUUCUAAGUCUUUGUCAUGUGAAGGAAACUUCCCGUUACCACCCCCCAUCUACAUACACAUUCUCUUUCUUAGCCCCACGUUUGAAUUUUAUGUUUUCCUAAAGUAUAGGGAAGAGAAUUAUAAUAAUAAUAAUUAUUAUUAUUAUUUUCUUUUUGGGACGGAGUCUCGUUCUGUCGCCAGGCUGGAGUGCAGGGGUGCGAUCUAGGCUCACUGCAAGCUCUGCCUCCCAGGUUCAAGUGAUUCUUCUGUGGAAGCGAAUUAUUUUUGAUGAGUCAUUAAAGUAUAUCAUUCCCAGAAUGGUGCUGCAUUUUUCCUUUUAUCAUCUGUCAUGACUUUUUUAAGUGUGAAGCUUACUUCCAGAGGAAUUAUCUUUUCCAGCAUUUUGGACACAACUAAGUAUCUUUGAUAUUUUCUUCUCAUAUGUUGGGCAGUAAAUUAAGUUGAAUGGUGAAGUAAGAGGUGAACUUAGGAACAUUUAGAAAAAGGAAGGUCGUUUAUUAUUUUUUAGGGGAAAAGUUUGGUAGAAAAAAUGCUGUAAUCCUAAUUCCCAGAUGUCCAUUUGGCUUGUAGUCAUUUUGAUUUAUGAAAUAAUCAUAAGAAAUGUCUUAAAAUUUUAAAAGCCAAUAUUUGUUCUACUAAUCACAGAUGAGAGUGGAAAUAAAAGAAACACACCCAAUUCCUGAAAGGAAAAAAAUUCUCCCAGGAUGAGAUCACUGGGUGGACGUGAAGUGGGUAAAAUACCUUUUGCUGCAGUUGUCAUCCCCUUAUCUUGCCAAAGUAUAACAACAUCUGAAUGAAGAUGGUUUGAUGUUCUUAGUUUAGAGUAGUUAUACUAUUAUUUUAACAUUCCUAUUUAAUGGUAUGCUUAAUACCUCAGGGAAAGGUAGAUACAGAUUCAUAGCUACAAAGCAAUAAUCUUAUGAUCAAUGUUCAUUUAAUUUCAAAUACAAAGUUAGACAUUCAGAGUUUAAAAAAAAUUAAUGAAUAGGCUGGGUGCAGUGGCUCACUCCUGUAAUCCCAGCACUUUGGGAGGCCGAGGCAGGCGGAUCAUGAGGUCAGGAGUUUGAGACCAGCCUGACCAACAUGGGGAAACCCCAUGUCUACUACAAAUACAAAAAUUAGCUGGGUGUGGUGGCAUGUGCAUAUAAUCCCAGCUACUCAGGAGGCUGAGACAGG